GGUGAUUCCACCUACAACCCUUCCGAUUACUCACACUUAAUAUUUGCGUGGUAAUUUACACUAUCAAAUUGGCGCCACCCGUGGGACUUAUUACAAAAAAGUCAUGGCCAGUAAUCAGGAAACCGUGAUCUCACAAAUUUCUACUCCCGCUGAGAAUGUCAUUUCAUUCCCGGGAGGAAGUUCCCAACCGUCAAGCCAGGUUCCUACCCCCAUCAUCACCAUUCCACCACCUAUCCCAUUCACUUCCCCCGUGAACCCUGUUCUCGUUUUUCCUUCAAAUUUCCCCGGACCCCUUGAUCCAAUGUACAGCCAGGCUCUUCAGAAUUUUGGACAUUUCAUGUCCAUGUUCCAGCAGCCGGGAGGGUUUUCACUUUUCAAUCCGGGAUUGUAUCCACAAUCCUCGCCUCAAACUAACGUCAUUCGCUCGAACGUUCCGACAAACCUAAUCGGGGAGAUGGAUAAAGCUGGUCCAUCCCGGUCUAGAAGGAGCCGGUCCCGUAGGUCACAGACAAAGGUGACCUCGGACGGGGAUGUGCGUUCAGUGCACAGCAAAGACGAGGAUUGGGACGUCCCCCAGGCGAUCAAGAAGUUGAAGGGAAAGGCAGUUCAGCCAGAAGGAUCUAGGAGGUCGGCCUUUCUGAGACUUGGCCAUGAUGGCCGAAAUCAGAACCGGUCAGCAAAAGAGCGGCUUGGGGUAGAGACCAUUCCAGCUAGUGCCUUUAAUCGUGCAGGGAGAGGAGCCGGACGACCUGGUCAGACCAGGCGAACGGAGCCAUCCCCACGCGAUGAGCCCCAGCACAGCCGGGCACCACGAGAGGAAGAAGCCGAAAGCCACCCCAGGCACACGACCCGUUCACACGUUGAGCAACCUCGGGAUCGUGUGGGCCGGGUCGAGGCAC